UCUCUAUAUAUGAGAAUGAGAUUGGGUAUGGAAAAACUAAAGACUUGUGUUUUGCUGCAUUAAUUGCUUCUCUCUUAUCCUUUUAACUUCUCUCUCUCUCUCUCUCUCUCUCUCUCUCUCUAUAAUUAAGAGUGCGCCAAUAGCAAAUUAAUGGGAGUUAUGAAGGUUGUCUCAGUUCUCGUCUUCCUCUUCCUCUGUGUCACUGGGUGCACAUCCGCCGCGCCUGGCCGGAGGAUGAGAGGUCGCCAACCAUGUAAGCAGUUGGUGCUGUACUUCCAUGAUAUAAUUUACAAUGGGAAGAACGCCAAGAACGCCACUUCAGCCAUAGUAGGGGCGCCAGCCUGGGGGAAUAAGACGAUUUUGGCAGGACAGAACCAUUUCGGAGACUUGGUUAUAUUCGACGACCCCAUCACCUUGGACAACAAUCUUCAUUCACAGCCCGUCGGUCGUGCACAAGGGUUCUACCUCUAUGACAAGAAGGAAAUCUUCACUGCUUGGCUGGCCUUCUCCUUUGUUCUCAACACUACAGACUACAAGGGGACCCUAAAUUUUGCAGGAGCUGACCCGCUGAUGAACAAGACCAGAGACAUUUCGGUUAUUGGUGGCACCGGAGACUUCUUCAUGGCGAGGGGGAUAGCCACCGUGAUGACGGAUGCCUUCGAGGGAGAGGUGUAUUUCCGUCUCCGGGUCGAUGUCAAGUUGUACGAGUGUUGGUAGUAAGUUUGCAGCGGCAGGUGGGGACGAUGGAGACGUUUGUUUUUUAGUAUCUUGAUUGAUUAGUUGUUAGUGAAGACUUUGUAGUAAGUUUGCAGCGGCAGAGGUGGGGACGAUGGAGACGUUUGUUUUUUAGUAUCUUGAUUGAUUAGUUGUUAGUGAAGACUUUUCUGUCGUUUUGGCUUUUGAAUCGUCGGAAGUUGUUUCAUCUACGUGGACCUUAUCUAUCUAGUUUAAUUUUCUGGACAUUUCAAAUAACAGAUGUAUGAGAGAAGCAGUUUGCACUGUAAUUUCAUUUGUACCACUACAGAUGUAUGAGAGUGUAAAUGAUCUGGUUUACUUUUCAUUUU